AUGGGCGAAGGGUGCAAUAACAUUGAAGCUCAUCAGCAGAUCAAAGAAUGCAUUGCAGGGCAAGAUAACAUUGUUAUUGUACCAUAUCCCAACGCACGUGCAGGCAAACCAAUAACUGGAUGUCCUAUUCGCUGUGCAAAUACCACAUAUGGACUUAAUGCUAGCAGCACUGCGAACAUUUAUGCUCCAUUUCCCUCUAGAAUAGACUGGGAUAUCGCUAAAUGGGUAAAGCUACAUGGUCCUAGCUCGACAGCAUUUACCGACUUGCUUGGAAUUGAUGGGUUCAAGCACAAACAAAUUAUUGUCACAGGUGAAGCAUUUGAUGUCUUCUACAGAGACAUCAUUGAAUGCAUCAAAGUGUUGUAUGGCAACCCUGACUUCGCUGAUUUUCUUGUAUUUGUACCAGAGCAUCACUAUGCUGAUGAAGAUCAAACCGUACAGCUGUUUCAUGACAUGCACACUGGACAGUGGUGGUGGGACACACAAAAAGCACUUGAUCAACGACGUCCAGGCGCCACAAUCAUCCCCAUUAUUAUAUCAAGCGACAAAACUCAGGUGAUGAUGUUUAGGAAUAAAAGUGCCUAUCCUCCAUCCCGUCAUGCUCAUAUCCUCUUGGCAUAUUUGCCCACUACCCGCCUUGAACAUAUCACAAACAAAGCUUCGAGAUGCUGCACUAUCGCAAACCUCUACCAUGCAUGUAUGAGUCGCAUACUGGCUCCGCUUAAGACUGCUGGUAUUGAUGGGCUGCAGAUGAGUAGUGGUGAUGGUGUACAACGUCAUUGUCAUCCUUUGUUUGCAUGCUUUUCUGGUGACUAUCCCGAGCAAUUACUUGCUACUGGAGUGAAAACAAUGGAAUGCCUGAAAUGCGACAUUCCUACUGAGGAACUCGGGAGUAACACUGCACCAUUUGACAUAUGCGACCUUCAUGCCGUUUUGGAUGCUCUUGCAAGGUUUGACGAUGGUGACCUGGUAUUCAUGCAGGCAUGUCAUGAAGCCAGAAUCAAACCCAUUGUUUACCCCUUCUGGGAGGACCUCCCUCAUGCAAACAUUUUCCAGGCAAUAACACCUGACAUCUUACAUCAGUUAUAUCAAGAGCAUAGCCAAAUAUGCCAAUUCCUGCUCGGUAUCAUUGUUGACAUCCGACUUCCUGGAAACCUUGCUUCAUCUCGCCUCCUAAAGGCCGUACAUGGUCUUCUCGACUUCCUUUACCUCGCACAGUACCCAUCUCAUAGCUCCGAGACACUAAUUUUACUGGAUGAAGCCCGUACACUCUUUCAUGACAACAAGGACAUAUUUUAUACAGAAUGGCUACAUAUUGAUCUUGCCAAGGAUGCUUACUGUGCAACCAAUCAUAAGGACGAAUUCACACAGAUGACGAAGAUUGUUCACCAUGAGCAGUUCAUAAAAUGGCAUCUUGAUGGGGAUUGUGCUCCUCAUCAUCAUCCACGUCCACCUGACUUAGGCUUUGAUCGCCCUCAGCAAUUAACAAAGCAUCUGAGCAUUAAAGCUGUCCCCAUUCAAAAACUGAUCACCGACUAUGGUGCAACCUACUUUCGACAGGCCCUCGCUUGUUACAUUGCACAACAUCAGAAUCCGAAUGAGGCGAUCAAUCAUCAGCGCCUGGAAAACCUUGCUGCAGGUAUUCAUCUGCCUUUCCACGCUGUUCCUGUAUACCACAAGAUAAAUACUGGUAGUUCUGCUGGGGUCAAAGGCUUCCAUGUUGGUCAAAUUCAUAUUGUUUUUUUAAUUCCAGCAUCGGCAACACAGUUUUUGUUUAAUCUGGAAAACCAACCCCCAAAGCAUCUUGCAUAUGUGGAGUGGUUUACCCCCUUUCCUGCAGCGCUGGAUCCAAGGCACAGCAUGUACAAAAUCAGUCAGUUAAUCAAGUCUGGUCAGAAAGUCGCAAGUAUCAUCCCAGUUUCAAAUAUCACCUGCAGUGUCCAUCUCAUGCCAAAGUUUGGAGCCAUUGCACCCAUCAGGAAAACCUCAUACUCAAAGAUUAAGCGCGCAAUGCACACAACAAUCAUCCAAAAAUCAGCCGCUAUAUAUUCCAACAAAAACAAACAUAAGGUACAUUUUACUGCUCGUGACAUCAAUGGUCAAUUGACGGGACGCCAGUACAGCAUAUGGCUUCGAAAACCGUUCACGGCAGUCAAGGGAGGAGGCGUCAGUGGGGAGAUACCAUGGUUCAGGCAGAGGCAGUGA